CCGGUCCGCGGCGCGCGUGACGUCAGCCGCCCGCGCCCGCCGCAGGAUCGCGGCGUUUGCAACAUGUCGGGGCUGCUGAAGCUGGACAAUGCGCUCAGGACCAAGGCUCGAAGGGACUGUAAGUGUUGACUUCUUGCUGAGACAUUCAUACAAUGGAUCGAAAGCUAAUUGCUGAAAAUACUAAGCAGGUUGAUGCUUUUAGGGAGCGAGUCACUGCUGAAGCCGAAGACUUAGUUGCAAGUUUCUUUCCAAAGAAGCUGUUGGAACUAGAUUGUUUUCUGAAGGAACCUCUCUCGAACAUUUCUGAUUUGGCUACCAUUCACUCAGAGCUCAACAUGCCGGUGCCAGAACCUAUAAUAAUCUCCAACAGUCAUGAUGGCUUGGACAGUACACCCAACAGUAAGAAGAGAAAACUGGAAGAUGGUGAAACUAAUUGCCCAGGUACAAAAGUGUUUAUCAUGCCGAAUGGAAUGCUCAAGAGCAACCAGCAACUCGUGGCGAUGAUUGAGAAAAUAAAACCAGAAAUCAGGACACUUAUGGAGAAAUGCAAUACAGUUAAAAUGUGGGUUCAGCUGUUGAUACCAAGGAUAGAAGAUGGCAACAAUUUUGGUGUUUCUAUUCAAGAGGAGACUGUUGCAGAACUUCGAACAGUUGAAAGUGAAGCUGCUUCGUACUUGGACCAAAUCUCCAGAUAUUACAUAACAAGAGCAAAACUGGUGUCCAAAGUAGCUAAGUAUCCCCAUGUGGAAGAUUAUCGUCGCACGGUAUCAGAAAUUGAUGAAAAGGAAUACAUCAGCCUUCGAUUAAUUGUUUCUGAGCUGAGAAACCAAUAUGUAACGCUACAUGACAUGAUCCUCAAAAACAUUGAAAAAAUUAAACGGCCCCGGAACAGCAAUGCAGAUGCACUGUAUUAACAUGCAUGCUUCGUGAAAUGGAAUCUGACCUUGGUAACCCAAAUAUAAGACCAUGAUUGCCUUGGCUUGUUGUGUGAGAUUGGUCUUGCUGCAGGAGAAAGAAGUUUGUUGGGAAAUGAAGCACAGGGUUGGUUGCAUUUUAGUGAAAUAACCAAUAAGGAUAUCCAUUCUUUUAUUUUUGUGAUGUAUAAGAGGUUUUUUUAAUCCUCAGGAAUCUGUCCCGUUUUGCUCUACAGAAUCUCUUUGUAAUGUACAGUAUUAGUGAUCUUGGGAAGGAAUUCAGUUUGGACGCAGGUUUUAUUUCAAAACGUAGCAUUUUUCACAUCCAUCAGAAACUUUGUGAUUCAUGAAAGCGGAUGUACAAAAUAUCCUGUAAAUUCAGAAUGAUUAUUCAUGUACAACUAUUACGCACAGGGAACCACUCACUAAACAUGAGCCACUUGUUUGCGGGCUACUUGUUAUAAAUAAGAGCAAUUAUUGCACCGUAUUUUACAUAUGUUGUCCCUUCCUUUUCCCUCUCCUAGUCUCCUCGUCAAGUUGUUUCUUUAGAAGGAAGUUAUUUGAAAAUGUUCUUUUAAAAUAAAAAGUUGUGCCGUAUGAUUAGUGUGAAACCUCCAUGGUGGGGCAUAAUGAAGCUACAAAUCCUACGUAAAUUACGUAUUUCUGUGAUUGUUCUAACUGCCCUAAAUUAGGAUACAGAGCCUUAGUCCCCCCAGUUAAACCUUGCUUUUGAUUUUCCUUUCCUUGCGAAGUUACCCACAGUUUUUAAACUCUUAACUCUGCACUAUGCUGAGAACUGUCUGUUCACCUUUUCCCCUGCAAGCUUUGUGAACGUUGCGCUCAUUAGUCAAAGGUUUGGGUGGGUGAGUGAGAAGGGAGGGGAAAUUGCAAGGUGUUUAAAAAAAAAAAAUCUAUUGAGCCCAACCUUUAGAACAUGACAAUGAUAAAACUAUAUUUAAAAACAAAUAAAACAUGCCUCCUAGAUAA